CAAGGAGACCUGCCAUGGCCGCAGCUGCACGCGCUCGAGUCAUACACUUGCUGAGGCACCUGCAAAGCACAGCAUGCCAGUGCCCAACUCACUCUCAUACUUACUCCCAAGCCCCUGGACUCUCACCUUCGGGAAAAACAACAGAUUACGCCUUUGAGAUGGCUGUCUCAAAUAUUAGAUAUGGAGCAGGAGUUACAAAGGAAGUGGGCAUGGAUCUACAGAACAUGGGAGCUAAGAAUGUUUGCUUGAUGACAGACAAGAACCUCUCCCAGCUCCCUCCUGUACAAAUAGUUAUGGAUUCCCUAUCGAAGAAUGGCAUCAGUUUUCAGGUUUAUGAUGACGUGAGGGUGGAACCUACAGAUAGAAGCUUCAUGGAUGCAAUUGAAUUUGCCAAAAAGGGAGCCUUUGAUGCCUAUGUUGCUGUGGGUGGGGGCUCCACCAUGGACACCUGUAAAGCCGCUAAUCUGUAUGCAUCCAGCCCUCGUUCUGAGUUCCUUGAUUAUGUCAAUGCCCCCAUUGGGAAGGGGAAGCCAGUGACUGUGCCUCUUAAACCUCUGAUCGCAGUUCCAACAACCUCAGGGACGGGAAGUGAGACUACCGGAGUUGCCAUUUUUGACUAUGAACGUUUGAAGGUAAAAACUGGCAUUGCUUCACGAGCCAUCAAACCCACCCUAGGACUGGUUGACCCCCUGCACACUCUCCACAUGCCUUGCCAGGUGGUUGCCAACAGUGGCUUCGAUGUCCUUUGCCACGCCCUGGAGUCGUACACUGCCAUUCCCUACAGCAUGCGGAGCCCCUGCCCUUCCAAUCCCAUCCAGCGACCAGCGUACCAGGGUAGCAACCCAAUCAGCGACAUCUGGGCAGUCCGUGCACUGAGGAUUGUUGCCAAAUAUCUGAAGAGGGCUGUCAGAAACCCUGAUGAUCUGGAAGCAAGGUCUAACAUGCACUUGGCAAGCGCCUUCGCUGGCAUCGGCUUUGGAAAUGCUGGUGUUCAUCUGUGCCAUGGCAUGUCUUACCCAAUUUCAGGCUUAGUGAAGGCAUAUAAAGCCAAGGAAUAUAAUGUGGAUCAUCCUCUGGUGCCCCAUGGCCUUUCCGUGGUACUCACGUCUCCUGCAGUGUUCACCUUCACAGCCCAGAUGUUUCCAGAGCGGCACCUGGAGACAGCAGAAAUAUUAGGAGCCAACAUCCGCACUGCCAGGAUCCAAGAUGCUGGGCCUGUGUUGGCAGAUGCCCUCCGAAAAUUCCUAUUUGACCUAAAUGUUGAUGAUGGUCUGGCUGCCCUUGGUUAUUCCAAGGAUGACAUCCCUUCAUUGGUGAAAGGAACACUGCCCCAGGAAAGGGUCACGAAGCUUGCGCCCCGUGCCCAGUCAGAAGAGGAUUUGUCUGCUUUGUUUGAAGCAUCAAUGAAACUGUACUGAUUAAAGUAUUAGUGGAAAGAAUUACCAUUGUCCCUUGCAACAGAAGUUACAGAUAGCCGAAGUUGAUCAGGGUUGGCCCUUGUCGUCUUAUCUCCACACCUAAUUCGCCUGUUAUUGGUUUAAAUGUGAUGUGAUUGUAUCCUUUGGGGGAACCCCAGGGGUCAGUGUUUCUGCACCAAAACCCAUCAAAUACGUAAAUAUGUCUAUGUCCAAACACUGAAUGUCUAGAAAGUCACCCUGAAGAAAUACUAGCAUUAGUGUGCGAAAAAAAAAAAUAAUGCAUACUAGGAUACACACAAGAAUGUUUUCUUACAGUAUUUUUGGAUAGUAAAAAUUAAAAUAAUCUAAAUAUUCAUUACUAAGUGAAUCCUAAUAUAGUAAAUGAUAGAAUACUGUGGUAUUAUUAAUAAAAAUGAAGUAAAAGUCU